AUCAGGCACCUAGGCAUGCAGACUGCUUCUACAAACAUUUGUGAAAGAAUGGGUCGCUCUCAGGAGCUCAGUAAAUUCAAGCGUGGAACCUUGAUAGUUUGCCACCUGUGCAAUAAGUCCACCCGUGAAACUUCCUUGCUACGAAAUAUUCCACGGUCAACUUUUAGUGGUAUUAUAGCAAAGUGGAAGCAACUGGGAACAACAACAACUCAACCUCAAAGUGGUAGGCCAUGUAAAAUUACAGAGCGGGUCAGUUCAUGCUGAAGUGCAAAGUGUGCAGAAGUUGCCAACUGACAACAGAGUCAAUAGCUAAAGACCUCUGAACUUCGUGUGGCCUUUAAAUUAGCACAACAACAGUGUGCAGAUAGCUUAAUGGAAUGGAUUUCCAUGGUCGUGCAGCUGCAUUCAAGCCUUACACCACCAAGUACAAUGCAAAGCGUUGGAUGCAGUGG